UUGUCAUCCUGGAUAAAUACGUUGGCGAGUCUAGAAGGGAUCUUCAUGAAUUUUCGAGCAGCAUCGCAGCACGUGUUCCCGGAGCCCGCUGAUCAUGCCACGUACAGUUUCACGCUCGGAUCGCGCAACGCGUAACAGACACGCUUGAAGCUUGAAUCAAUGUGCCGUGUGGGCGAGAAGGACGAUGACAAGAUGCGCUGUUUGGGCGACAGUUCUGCUCCUGCUCGAUAUCUCAACAGCGAAAGGAAGCGCAGUGAACGAUGAUAAGCGAAGAUCUUUCGAGUCGGAGGGAGUUAUGUAUUCGUGGACAGGGCCGAACGCUUUGGCGAGAUCCGCUUUAGUGGAACGACAAGAGAGAUUGCAGUACAACUGCGAGGAGAUCCUAGCAGAUGAACAGCCUAGAAACGAGGAUCUGAAUCCGGAAUCGUUCAGGAAUAUUCUCGUGGACGAACAGCACGAGCUGUUGUACUGCUACGUUCCAAAGGUUGCGUGCACCAACUGGAAACGAGUUUUGAUGGUGGCCACAGGGAAAUGGGCAGGUAGCGAUCCCUUGGAGAUACCGGCUGAUCGAGCGCAUUCCUCGGGUACUUUUCAAAGGCUAAGCAACUAUACUCUACCGGAAAUCGAACGAAUGCUGACGACUUACGACAAACUGAUAGUCGUCAGACAUCCGCUGGAAAGAUUGUUGUCAGCCUAUAGGAACAAAUUGGAGGCGAAGCACGAGAAAAGUUCGAAGUAUUUUCAGACUCGUUUCGGCAAGAAGAUAAUCAGGAGGUACAGACGAAACGCGACCGAAGAAUCUCUGAAGAAUGGAGACGAUGUCACGUUCCGGGAGUUUGUGGAGUUUGUAACCGACGAUUCUUCGAACGAAACACGGAACGAGCACUGGAAGCCGAUAUACGAGCUGUGCCAGCCAUGUUUAGUUAAUUACAAUCUCGUCAGCAAGUACGAGAGUUUGGUGGAAGAUGCGACCGAGGUUUUGGAGCGGAUGGGCGUCGAGUCGGUCAAUUUUCCAUCGAAACCGAGCAACAGCGAGCCAACCUCAAAGAAACUAGAGAAAUACUAUUCGACGUUGACGUACGAGCAGCUCCGGAAGUUAGCAAACUUGUACAAACUAGAUUUAAGGCUGUUCGAUUAUUCGUUGGAGGAUGUGCUGGGAUUCUCGUUGGCAUGAUUGAAGUCUCAAUAGAAAGCAUGAGAAGAAUACGCUUCGAAUCGUGAAUAGACGACGUUAACGUCUAAAUAGGUCUAAGUAUUUACUACGACAGCGAUAUCAGUCAAACAAUUGCUGUUCCCAAUAUGCACCUACUUGUUUCCGUGCUUCCUUCUACCUAUUGUAUCGUACUUACACGCGUAGCGAUUAAUUAAGGAACCGAGUCUCGAAGGAAGUUCGUGAUAAAUUGCUACGUUCGUGUGAAGUAUUUUCAAUUUCUGUUUUUGUAUACGUAAGUAUGCUCACAUGGGCUGUUUCACUUUGUGCCAAUGAAAUUGUUAGGUUAUUUAAAUGAACAGUUUUAUACUAUAAUGCCAGAACAUUUAUUAACUAAGUCUAACAUACUUAUAGAAAAUAUCUUAACUUACAUCAACAACUGCAAGAUCGUAUACGUACACAUCUCCUAAUGCAGUAGUAGCCCAAAGUAAGUGAAAACAAGAAAAAAAAUAUUACUCUUAAACUUUAUAUUAACUUAAAUUUAUAUUAACUUUAACUUUAUAUUACCUUAAUAUUAAGUUAAAUUUUACUCAAUGCUCUCUUAACGUAUGGCCGCGCAGAGAAAUGUUACAUUUAAGUUGAGUUGCUAUGCCAUAUGUUAUUAAUGCUAGUAGCACAUAUCGACAGGAGUGGUGUUAGAUGAUCGAUAACUGCUCAUUUUUAACAAGUGUUACCGACUGUGACAUUAGGAUUUUAGUCAGGUGCAGUGGCGGCUCGUAGCUAAAAUUAGUGAGGGUGCAGCUCAAGAAAAUUUUUAGCCUUUGUUUUAAAAAACCUACACUGCGGGAGCGACAGUGCUCUCUCUUCCGCGCAGCCUCGCGCGCAGCUUCCUAUGUGCGCAUGCGCACACAAGCAAACACCACGCUGCUGGAACUGUGAAGCGCACAGUUCCAUACAAAGAUUUUUGUAUCUUUUUCAUAAACUGGGGGAUGGCUACUGACAUUAAGCUUAAGGAUUAUAUAUUGUACAAGUAUAAAGAAA